AUGGCUUCCGGUGCUAUCGUCGGCGGCAAGCCCAAGGAUGAGAUCGAGACCCAUCUGGCAGGGGUAGACGCGGAUGGGAGUAGUCUGGAACGCAAUCAGGAGAAGGAGGAGGUGAACACGGCCGAGAUCAAAGAAGUCACAGCCGUCGAGGCCUUUCAAUGGAACGUGGAUGGCGACCAAUCGCCUUUCCCCGAAGUGGCGGCGUGUGUCCCCAACACCGACGAUCCUAGCAUCCCGUGCAACACGGUGCGCGCCUGGGUGUUAACCACCGUCUUUGUGAUGGUCUUUGCAGCUGUCAACCAGUUCUUCAGUCUGCGUUACCCCUCGCUCACUCUGCAAUAUGUCGUCGCCCAAUUGUUGGUGUUUCCUGUCGGUAGAGCAUGGGAGAAGUUGCCCAGGUGGAGAGUGCCCCUGGGUCGACUCUCCUUCGACCUCAACCCGGGGAAGUUCAGCAUCAAGGAGCAUGCUUUGAUCACGAUUUGUGUCAACAUCAGCGCUAGCACGGCGUAUGCGUCCAGCUCCCUCGUGGCCAUCACGAUGCCCCAGUACUGGAAUCAGGACUUUGGCGCCGGAUUUGCCUUCAUCUACCUGUUGACCUCGCAGAUGUUGGGUUUUGGUCUCGCGGGAUUGACACGUCGCUGGCUCGUCUAUCCGGCUGCCCUCAUCUGGCCAUCCUCGCUUUCGUCGACGGUGCUGUUCCGAGCCCUCCAUGAACCGGAAAGUCGCGCCACAGUCCACGGCUGGACCAUGAGUCGCUAUCGCUUCUUUGCGUAUUUCACCGUGAUCGGCUUUGUGAUCUACUGGUUCCCCGACUACCUCUGGACCAGUCUGAGCACCUUCGCCUUUGUCACCUGGAUUGCCCCUAAGAACCAGAAGGUGAACACCAUUUUUGGGAUGAAUUCCGGACUGGGCUUGCUUCCGCUCAGUCUCGACUGGACUCAGAUCAACUACGCCGGCUAUCCUCUGAUGACGCCGUUUUAUAUCACUUGCAAUGCCUUUGCGGUCGUGGUGUUUUUUUAUCUCUUCCUUUCGCCCAUUCUGUACUACACCAAUGUCUGGAAUAGCGCUUACCUGCCCUUGCUCUCCUCCUCCACCUUCGACAACACGGGAUCGUCCUAUAAUGUGUCUCGGGUUGUCGAUGAGAACCUCGACUUCGUGGUCAGCAAGUACGAAGCGUACUCACCCAUGUACAUCUCAAUGUCCUAUUCGCUCACCUACGGGCUCUCGUUUGCCGCCGUGACUGCGGUGGUCGUGCACACCUAUCUGUACCAUGGCUCCGAGAUCUGGGCCAAGUUCAAGAACUCGCGCCACGGUGGCGAGGAUAUCCAUCGCCGCCUGAUGCAUGCGUAUCAAGAGGUGCCCAAUUGGUGGUAUGGGGUGUUGUUUAUUGUGACCGCCGGCCUGGGCAUCUUCACUGUAAGAUACUGGGAGACUGGUCUCCCCGUGUGGGGCUUCAUCGUCGUGUGCUGCGGCAUGUGCGUCUUCUUGAUCGUGCCCGAGGGGAUCCUGGAAGGAACCACCAACCAGCGCGUCUUCCUCAACAUCAUCACCGAGCUGAUUGCGGGGUACGCCUGGCCUGGGAAGCCGAUCGCGAACAUGAUGGUCAAGUGUUACGGAUAUAAUUCGGUCAAGCAUGGGAUGGACUUUGCGCAGGACCUGAAGUUGGGACAGUAUAUGAAAAUCCCGCCGCGGGUGCUCUUCUUCGCCCAGAUCUACUCCAGCAUCCUGGCCACCAUGACCCAGACCGGCGUCUUCCGAUGGAUGAUGGGCCACAUCGAUGGACUGUGUGAUACGGACAACACGCAGAAGUUCACCUGUGCCUCAGCCAAGGUCAUGUACAACGCCUCACUGAUCUGGGGGACGAUUGGCCCGCAACGGAUGUUCCAAGCCGGACAGGUGUACAACUCCCUGGUGUACUUCUUCCUCAUCGGGCCGGUCGUGACUGUGGCCGUCUGGCUCCUCUACCGCCGCUACCCGCACAGCUGGGUCAAGUACAUCAACGUGCCCAUCUUCUUCAACGGCGCCGGAAAUAUCCCGCCGGCCAACACCACGCAAUACUCUCUGUGGUUCAUCUUCGGAUACCUGUUCAACCACCUCAUCCGCCAGCGGGCCUUCCUGUGGUGGAAGAAGUACAACUAUCUCCUGCAGGCGGCACUCGACACGGGCACGGCCCUGGCGACGGUUAUCAUCUUCUUCGCGCUGACGUACAACAAGAUCACGCUGAACUGGUGGGGAAACACGGUGGGAUCCGACACCGAUGAUACCAAUUCAGUGCCGUGGUUGACGGUCCCGACGGGGGGGCACUUCGGCAAGGGCCCGGGUGAGUUUUAG